AUGAAACAGCUCAUCUUAGACUGUGGCCAUGACCAUUAUUCAAUAAAUCCGUUCUUCAUAGACUGUGGCCAUGACCAUUACUCCAUAAAUCCGUUCUUCAUAGACUGUGGCCAUGACCAUUACUCCAUAAAUCCGUUCUUCAUAGACUGUGGCCAUGACCAUUACUCCAUAAAUCAGUUCUUCAUAGACUGUGGCCAUGACCAUUACUCAAUAAAUCAGUUCUUCACAGACUGUGGCCAUGACCAUCACUCAAUAAAUCAGUUCUUCAUAGACUGUGGCCAUGACCAUUACUCAAUAAAUCCGUUCUUCAUAGACUGUGGCCAUGACCAUUACUCAAUAAAUCAGUUCUUCAUAGACUGUGGCCAUGACCAUUACUCAAUAAAUCAGUUCUUCACAGACUGUGGCCAUGACCAUCACUCAAUAAAUCAGUUCUUCACAGACUGUGGCCAUGACCAUUACUCAAUAAAUCAGUUCUUCACAGACUGUGGCCAUGACCAUUACUCAAUAAAUCCGUUCUUCAUAGACUACUGUGGCCAUGACCAUUACUCCAUAAAUCAGUUCUUCAUAGAAUGUGGCCAUGACCAUUACUCAAUAAAUCAGUUCUUCAUAGACUGUGGCCAUGACCAUUACUCCAUAAAUCAGUUCUUCAUAGACUGUGGCCAUGACCAUUACUCCAUAAAUCAGUUCUUCACAGACUGUGGCCAUGACCAUUACUCAAUAAAUCAGUUCUUCAUAGACUGUGGCCAUGACCAUUACUCCAUAAAUCAGUUCUUCAUAGACUGUGGCCAUGACCAUUACUCCAUAGAUCAGUUCUUCAUAGACUGUGGCCAUGACCAUUACUCCAUAGAUCAGUUCUUCAUAGACUGUGGCCAUGACCAUUACUCCAUAAAUCAGUUCUUCAUAGACUGUGGCCAUGACCAUUACUCCAUAGAUCAGUUCUUCACAGACUGUGGCCAUGACCAUUACUCAAUAAAUCAGUUCUUCACAGACUGUGGCCAUGACCAUUACUCCAUAAAUCAGUUCUUCAUAGACUGUGGCCAUGACCAUUACUCAAUAAAUCAGUUCUUCACAGACUGUGGCCAUGACCAUUACUCAAUAAAUCAGUUCUUCAUAGACUGUGGCCAUGACCAUUACUCCAUAGAUCAGUUCUUCAUAGACUGA